GUUACUUUUAAGCGUUAAAGGCUGAGUUUGUCUCGUAAGUCUGGAUGGGGAGUGUUUGGAAUUACUUCAGAAAAUUCCUUUUCCCUUUGAACUCCCUUUCUCUCCUGUGUGAUUGUGCUGGCAUUUCUGUAUCAAAAGGCUUGGACUGUCAGCAAUUACCAUGAUCCUUGUCUUCCUUCGAGCUUUGAAUCCAGCGGGCUAUUGAAUAGGCAAAUAAAACCGGCUUGUGCAGGAAGACAAAGUAUCUGACUGAAUUUCUAAUUUCAUUACAAGGAAGAUUGAGACAAGUAAACAUCAAGAGAAGGAGAUGAAUCUAUUUAUGCUCAACCCCUAACAUGACUGAAUUUGCAGGAAGAUGAGCUGGGAGCAACCCCAGGCUUGCUGCAAGGCCCUUCACCUGCAAUGCAGUGCUGUGCAUCUGCAGCUAGGUGGUGGAGGCAAAUCCCUCUUCUCCCUCACUCUUGCACAAAGCUUUGCUGCGUUCGAGAAGAACCAGCCCCUCUGCCUGCCGUUGAUGUCCCCCUGCUUCCCUGAACAGUGUGGCUUCUGAUUUUUAAUGGCUCUUUCGAAAACUAUUGGGCUAUCUUCAGGAAUCUCUUUAUCGAUGGGAGGCCGUGCUUCAUGCAGACCCGACACUCAGCAUCGGGGCCCUGCUGCUCAUUCAGAGAAUGAUAUUCCAGAGCAAGAGGAAGAAAUCCUGGGAUCAGAUGAUGAUGAACAAGAGGAUCCAAAUGAUUACUGUAAAGGUGGUUACCAUCUUGUAAAAAUAGGAGAUCUCUUUAAUGGUCGAUACCACGUCAUUCGGAAGCUGGGAUGGGGCCACUUCUCCACAGUGUGGCUGGCUUGGGACAUCCAAGGGAGGAGAUUUGUGGCAAUGAAGGUGGUGAAGAGUGCAGAGCACUACACAGAAACAGCGCUGGAUGAAAUAAAGUUGUUAAAAUCGGUCCGCAACAGUGAUCCAAAUGAUCCAAGCAAAGAGAGAGUUGUUCAGUUAUUAGAUGACUUCAAGAUUUCAGGAGUUAAUGGGUCUCAUAUCUGUAUGGUGUUUGAAGUUCUAGGGCAUCAUCUCCUGAAGUGGAUCAUCAAGUCAAAUUAUCAGGGGCUUCCACUCCCUUGUGUCAAAAAGAUUAUCAAACAGGUUCUUCAGGGCCUGGAUUACUUGCACACAAAGUGUCGAAUCAUUCACACAGAUAUUAAACCUGAGAACAUCCUUCUGUGUGUUAACGACCAGUAUAUCCGCCGGCUGGCUGCGGAAGCAACGGAGUGGCAGCGAUCUGGGGCUCCCCCACCAUCUGGCUCUGCAGUGAGCACUGCACCACAGCCAAAACCAGCUGACAAAAUGUCAAAGAAUAAGAAGAAGAAGUUGAAAAAGAAGCAGAAACGUCAGGCUGAGUUGUUAGAGAAGCGAAUGCAAGAGAUAGAAGAAAUGGAGAAGGAAGCAAGCCCAGGGCAGACACAGCCUGAAGAGGAGGAAGAAAUUCACAGCCCUCUGGAAAUGCUCAUAAAAGUUAGUCCACCAGGGGAAAAUGUCAGCAAAAAGACAGCUGAAAUCAUUGUACAAGAACAGUCUGUUCUGAUGGAAAGCAGCGUGGACAAAUGUGUGACAGAAAUAAACUGCAAUGGGGUGAUACCAAUGACGGACUUCCCAGAUGCCAGCAAUCAGAGCUCUGUGCGACUUGAGGACGACCUUCAUAAUGCCAAUGACUCUGGUGAUUGCCCUCACACACAGAAGGAGGAGGACUUCCAUAGUUGUAAUUACAGUCAGCGGAACGGCGACUCGGAGAACAGGCCUCAGGACGCGAUGUCGGACUCGUUCGUGCCCUUAGUUUCAGAAGAUUCCAUGGUCUGUCAGCCCACAGCCAACCAAGAACGAGCCUUCAGUGAGCAGGAGAUUAACCAUUUGCAGGAAAGCAUCCGAACAGAGAUACCUUCAGAGGAUGAGAAUGACAACAAUAACCCAUCAGACAACAAAGGAAAAUCAGCUGCUGGGAAUUUCCUUCUUAAUCCUCUUGAGCCCAAGAAUGCAGAUAAGCUCAAAGUGAAGAUAGCUGACCUGGGAAAUGCCUGCUGGGUGCACAAGCACUUCACUGAAGACAUCCAGACGAGACAGUACCGGUCCCUGGAGGUGUUGAUAGGCUCGGGGUACAACACUCCUGCUGACAUCUGGAGCACAGCCUGUAUGGCCUUUGAGUUAGCAACAGGAGACUAUCUGUUCGAGCCUCAUUCUGGGGAGGAUUACUCACGGGAUGAAGAUCACAUUGCAUUGAUCAUCGAACUUCUGGGGAAAAUACCUCGUAAGCUCAUUCUGGCAGGAAAAUAUUCCAAGGAGUUUUUCACCAAAAAAGGUGAUCUGAAGCACAUCACCAAACUGAAGCCCUGGGGCCUUUUUGAAGUCUUGGUGGAAAAAUACGAGUGGUCCCAAGAUGAGGCAGCUGCAUUCACAGACUUCUUAUUACCUAUGUUGGAGCUGAUCCCAGAGAAAAGAGCUACAGCAGCAGAGUGUCUCAGGCACCCCUGGCUUAACUCCUAAAGCUUCAACCCACCCACAGCACUACACUCUGGUUUACAGCAUAGCAUACAUGCACCCAGCUGCCCCUUCCCACAACCAUUGGGUUUUUCCCCCUCCCUUAUUCAUUUUCAGUGUGAAGUUCUUCCUUCAAGGCUUCCAAGGUUUUAGAUAAAUCUAACCUGUUCCUCUGAGUUUGUUUGUGUGACUCCAUGGGGACUCUCCUCAGGCACCAUCUGUGUUUCGCCUCGAUUGGGCUUCGCCAAUGACUUCACUUGACGAGAAUACGAAGUUGUUGCUGAGUCUCCUCACUGUUGGGCACUGUUGCAGAUGGGAGCUCACCUGAGCUCAGAUAUGCUCCUUUAGCUAAAUUUCAUCUCUUCUUUCUUCCUGAGGAGGAUGUGAAGAUCCAAACACCUCCUUAUCUCCCUGACUCAGGAGUCAAUCUCCAGCUGUUGAUCCAGUAGCUAACGGGGGGUGAGACAUGACCGAUGGCACCAACGUGGUGUUAGUUCCUCGUAGAGCAAAGACCUCCAGAUCUCCAUCAUCUUCUACUUCUAGCUGUCUGCUGUGUUUGCUUUCCACUCACAUAAUGUUUCUUUAGUUCUAGCUGAUUAAAUCCUUUGAAAAGAGCUAUUUAAACCUAAGGUUUAGUAUCUUUAAAUUUCUUCCUCCAAAGUGCCCUGCCCUUUUACUUUUCCCUUCCCUGUGCCCAGAUAGAAAAGCUUCUCAACUCUGGUGACAUUUUCUACUUCAAUGCCUGUGCCUGUGACUCAAAAGUGACAAAGCAAAAUAAGCAAAAGCUGGAACUGACUCAACGCACAAUCUUCAGCAGACAGCUGGGUGCACCCCUUGGCUGCAGAGGCAGCCUUGUCACAACUCUUCUAACAUUUUAGUCAGCUCUAAGUUCUUUUGGUUUUUAUCCCUUACUGGCACUUUUUGGUUUUGCCUUGCUUGAGGCAGUUGCUGUAUCUGACAGACUGGCUUUUACUGAUGUGGUCUACUCUGGCUCUUAGUUGUUGACCAUUCGUUUUUCCCCAAGAAGAGGGUGGCAGCAUCUGUAUCCCAGCUGUGCCACAGCCUUGACUUUCAAAAUCAACACUUCAAUGCCUAAUCUGAAGACUUUUUUUCCCCUUUUAGCUUGCUUCAGGUGCUGGCCUUCAGGUGUGACUUCCCAGGGUGGGACUGCCUUUUUAUUUUCUGGGCUGUUAGUGCAAGGAGAACUAGUAGAAGUGGAAGAGGACUGACUUUUCCAUGUAGAAUACUGGAUUAGAAGCUAUUGCUAGAGUUACCCCGAGUAAAAACGUUCCAUGGGGUUCCUGUAUAAACUCAGAAGGGGCUGGAUAUAAUGAAUAAAUGGGUGAAUCUUACUUAAGAGUUAAAUCAUUGUGGCAUUUGAUGGUUUUAUGAUGGCUUCUUCUAGACUUGCCCAUCCUGUUACAGAUUCAGUGCAUCCUAUUCUACUCUAAAGCAAGAUUUGGCAGCAUUGGGGCUUCAGAGACACUUCCUUACCCUGGACCAAACAGGCCUUUGGAUUCAUGGUGGCUCUCAGAGGAUAGCACUCACUGCAGGGGUGUGCUGGAGGCCCUCCUGAGGCUAUCUGAGACAGUUACAUUGCCAAAGCUGCCAAGACCACUGUUACAUGUCCCUCCUGUGUGUGUGUGUGUUUGGAAAUCUUGGUUUGUAAGGAUUGUUUGUUCGUAAGCCUUGGUGUCAAGAAUCCACUUGAAAAGUGUUUCUGCAGUCCAGUGCCUGACUGGGCUCAUUAAUGCAACUCAUGCUGCAUGUUCUCUUAGGGGUAGAUCAGGUUCUCUAUGCAUAUAAUAUGACAUUAAAGGAAGGUAACAUACCAAAAGUGUUUUAAACUGCUGAUUUGACUUCUUUUUUUUCCCCUUUCAUCUGGAGUUUCUCAGUUGUGUGUCACUUCCAUAUCUGUUAGACUGCAGAUGGGUUCCAAAAUACCCACUGUCUACCUACUGUGAAGAUCCCUUGGCAGGGCAAACAACUUGUCUCAAGCGCUGGCUCACUAAAGAACUUUACUUAGAAGGAGUCUGCACACUUUGACUCAGAGAGCUCCUUCCCCUCCUUCCCUUCCCUCUGCCACCCCUGACUGGAGGAGGACAUUUCUUAACCACGCUAGCCAAGGCUAGAGCCAGCUUGUGAGCUGAAGACCUGCAGAAGCAGCUGCCAGGAUUCAGUCUUGUACCGUGUGCUCGUUCACUUGGGGUUUGUUCCAUUUCCAAAUGCCGUCAAGUGCUCACACUAAAGGAUUUGUACUUGCUGUGUCAGUCUGAAACCUGAAGGAAAAUACAUUUUUAUUCUUUCUA